AUGGAUGAGGAGGAGCGCUUCUCUGCAAGCUCUCCGGAAUCAGAGCGAGAAAAUGAGCCCGAAGAGGUGAUGGAGGACGAGCCUGCCGAGCCCGAAAACGACGACCACAACGAGGAAAACAACGAUGAAGACGACGACGACGGCGAGCAAGACGAGGCCAAUAACAUUGGGACGCAGAGCAAUGAUGGACAAGAUGCGACGCAAAAAAAAUCGAGCAGUCCUCAACCCCAGUUUCCCUCGUUUCUGAGGCCCACGGUCCGCCCCGAGUACAUCACCGCCCGUCUCUACGACAUUGUUCCCACCAUGGCUGCGCCCCAGUCGACCAGUGUCAACGCCAUGGCCAUCACGCCCGACCUACGCUACUGGUUUACCGGUGGCUCAGAUGGCUACAUUCGCAAAUACGACGGCCCAGGCACCAUCAAUGGCAAGCUGGCGCUGACCGUCGCGCAAAAGCACCCCUUUGUCGACAGCGUCACCAAAGCCGGCAUCCUCAUGUCGUACUGGGAAAACGAAGAGCCUUCACCGCCUGGCACCACCAGCCACGAGCAAAUACUGUCGCCCGUAUACUCGCUCGCAGUCGAGUCCACGGCCCUGUGGCUGCUGUCCGGCCUGGAAUCAGGCGCCAUCAACCUGCAGAGCGUGCGGCACGACGAGGGCAAGAAGAUUUGCAGUCUUCAGAGGCACACGAAUGCUGUCAGCGUUUUGACCAUGGCCCCGGACGAGAAGUCGGUGUUGAGUGGCAGCUGGGACAAGACAAUCUUCGACUGGGAUCUUAACACGGGGCAGACCAUUCGCGGAUUUACUGGUACAGCAGGUCAAAUAUCGGCGGUCGAGCUACGACCUGAAUGCGGCGACCCCGUACCCGCGGAUGCCGACGAGCCGCCACCGCACAUGACGAUGACGACGAAUGCCGGCCCACGUCUUACGAAUGGCUUUGCCAGCACGAACGGCGUGGCUGCACCCAAGGAGGAAUCGCAGGCGCAUGAAGAGAGCCAAGAACUCGCUGCUUCGCCGGCGCAUGAGAGUCUAUUCGGCGGUAGUGAUGCUGGUAGCUUAUUUGGCGAGACGACAGGCGGGCAGGCAUUCGCACAGGACGACGACGAGUUUGGCGGCAGCAUGGGCAUGAUGACGGGACAAGAGGGUGGUAUGGACCACUCUGCGGAUAUGGCGAUGGCAAGCAUGGACAUGGAAAAGGAGAAGCCCGCGGAAGAGGCUCCCGCCGCGCAGGAACAGUCUGCGCCGGGGGGUGACGCCAUGGAUAUUGAUCCACCGCCGGUGAAGCAAGAGGGCCAAGAAGCGGCCAAGACGGAGCCUGCCGAGGACCACGCUCAGGGCAGCUCCACGCAACGGACCGACGAUGCUACUGAUAUCAGCGCAACGCAACCGACGCAAGCCGACGCCCUGCCGGGCAACGACACGGCGCCCAAGUCUCCGACGACGGUGUCGGAUGCGGCGGCCGGCAAGCAGCGCGACCAGUCGCAGACGUCGACUACGACGUUCCUGGCGUCGGCCAUGGACGGGACGAUCCGGAUCUGGGACCGGCGUGUGCCCAACGCGGUGGCGCGCAUCACGCCGCGGGCGGGCGUGCCGCCGUGGUGCAUGAGCGCGUGCUGGAGCCCGGACGGCAACAUGAUCUACGCGGGCCGACGUAACGGCACGGUGGAGGAGUACGACGUGCGCAAGGCCCGGCGCGGGUGGGAGCCGGAGCGCGUGCUCAAGUUUCCCGCAGGGAGCGGCGCGGUGAGCGCGGUGAAGCCCAUGGUGAAUGGACGGCAUCUGAUCUGUGCUUCGCAUGAUAUUAUGCGCCUGUACGACCUGCAAGACCGGCGGGCGUUCAAACACUCGACGGUGCCGUUCCUCAUCAUCCCCGGACCGCCGCGCGCGGGCGUCAUCUCGAGCCUGUACAUCGACCCGACCAGUCGCUUCAUGCUGAGCGCCGCGGGCACGAGAGGCUGGAACGGCACGAGCACGGAGGUGCUGGUCGGAUAUGAGAUUAGUGUGAUGAAUAGCUAA